CAAAACAGUGAUUUACAGGAAACUUCAAGCAAUGCUGCAGAAGUUGUGUUACAAUCAAGGCCUAAAUGGAGACAAAAUCAAUUUAACAGCGAACACACAGAGGCUAUUAAUAGCCAGCAAUUGGAUGGAGAGAUGGAUCUGACCCUAUCAGAAAACAAGACUGUUUCAGAGCAGUAUUAUCCAGAACCACUGAUUACAACAGAGUCGGGAUUAGUUUUGGCUGCACAUAAGCGAGGAUCAAUCGAGAAGAGCGACGAAGUGAAAAGGAGUCCAUUGAAGACCUUGCAUCCAAGGGUUCUUCCAAAAGAAACUCCCAAAGAACCCAACCCAGAAUCAAAUCCCUUCAGAACAUUUCCUAUAGACCUUAACGUGAAGCCCCAAACCACUGCAGAGCUGGAAAGUAAACCGUCAGCAGGAAUGAGACCACGGACGGGAUCUUCACAAACAAUAAUGCCAUCAAAAUUGAAUCCCUCUGAAGACAUCACUCCUCCUCCUCUCACUUUAGAGGUAAUAGAUGGAGAAACGUGUCAUGGGCAAGCAAAACAACCAAGCAUAUCAACAUCUACAUUUUCUUCAGAAUCAAACAAAACUCCAGAGACAAUGACACCCUUUACACAACUAGCAAGGGCCUUCAUCCCACAGGACAAUCAGCAUUAUCUUGGGCCACAGGAGAAGGCCCACAUUCCUUCUUUCCAAGCAGUUGAACACGCUGGUGAAGAGACUGAUGCUGCCGACAAAAUGAUAAAAGCCCCCAGCGCAUCAUCUGGAAACCAAAGUGAUCAGAAUUCUCCAAGCUAUGCUGAAAAUAUUGAGAGAUCGGCAUGGACGAAGCUAUCUUCAAGGAACCUAACUUCAUCCAGGAGUCUGGAAAAUCUCACCUCAGAAACAACUCUAGCUCUUUCAAGUUUCAGUACCAUGAAAAGCAGUGUUUCUUCGCUCAGUCUUCAGCCGCAAAAGAUGAGCAGCAGCAGAAGCAGCAUCUACCCUUUAGACACUGAAGUCCAAGGAAGCAUUCAGUUUGCUGUAAACUACAUCCAGAAGCUUGAAGAGUUUCAGGUCUUUGUGGUCAACUGCAGAGGGUUGGCCAUUGCUGAAACCAAGAAGAAUCUUUCUGACCCCUAUGUGAAAUGCUACCUUGCUCCUGAUAAAACACGACUGGGCAAGAAAAAAACUACUGUCAAAAAAAGGACACUAAACCCGACAUACAACGAAGUUCUCAAGUUUAAAAUCCCAUUAGAGGAGCUGAAAAAGCAGACUUUGAUCGUCUCAGUGUGGCACAAUGACCUCUUUGGGCGGAACAGCUUCCUUGGUGAUGUGGAUUUGAAUUUGUCUGAAUGGGACUUUAAAAACGCAGAGAUAAAUGAAUAUAAAUUAAAAGCCAAGGUCUCCACGGAAGUAAUCAGAGGGUCCCAUUUUGGUCUGCAACAAAAUGGUGGAAAGAUGAGAGUAGCCUUGAGAUUCAUACCAAAGAAAAUUAAAAGUAAGGGGAUUUCAACCACAGAGGCUGGGGAACUUCUGAUUUGGGUGAAAGACUGCAAGGAUCUUCCUCAAGUCAGACGAGUCAUAAUCAACCCCUUCGUGAAGUGCACUGUACUUCCUGACACAAGUCGAAAAAGCCAGCAGAAGACCCGGGUCGUAAAGAGAACAGCCAACCCUCUGUUCAACCACACCAUGGUGUACGAUGGCUUCCAAUCAGAGGACCUUCGACAGGCCUGUGUGGAAAUCACAGUGUGGGAUCGCGAUCGGCUUCACAACCACUUCAUAGGUGGUGUGAGACUUGGACCUGGGACAGGAAAGAGUUAUGGUGUUGAUGUUGCAUGGAUGGAUUCAACAACGACCGAAGUCAAUCUGUGGAACAAGAUGCUACAUUCAAAUGGAGAAUGGGUGGAAGAUGUUUUGCCCCUGAGAAUGCUGGUGAUGGCAAAGGGCCUGUAAACCUGAUUUAGUACAAUGUAGGGGUGCAAAAGCUAAUGAUGUAAUGUGUGCUAUAUAAAAAAACUAUAAUGGAUUAACUCAGGACAGAACAAAAUCAAUCCCAUAAAAAAGAGUCUCAAUGAAAUAUCAGAGCUGAAUGUCAGCUUGAUUGAAUGACAUAUUAAGAAUAGAUUCCUUUAAGCAAAGUUAACCACCGUUUGAAAUGCUCCAGGAUAUGUUUCUAUUCAUCAGGGACAUUUGUACAUUUUCAGAUAUCUCAUGUCAGUUUUUCAAUAUAAAAGAUUCCUACAAUCUCACUUAGCAAGUUCUGGAACUUAGGUGAGUUGCAUGACUACCAAUAAAACCCAUCGGAUUUCUUACACUUUUUUCAUAAAUGGGAAAUUUAUUAGUAGCUCUUAUAUUGAUUUGACCUUUAGGCAGUGUUAUCUAUGUCUGACCUUAAAUUAAAAUAUUUGUUUUCUAGCAUUAAUUUAACAUUAAUAAAUGUUAU